AUUUAAGUAAGUUCCCAAUUCUGCCUAUAAACACGUUCAUGCAAAAAGCAAAAUUAGUUAAAAAUGGGCCGUAGAAAAUCAUUAAGAAGCCAAAUGUUAAUUCGAAAUUUACCUCAAGAAGAACUUGACUCAAACGAUGAAUCAGAUAGCAGCGACAUCGAUGAAGAACAGGUGCAUGGUAUAUGGAUUGAGAAACCGUUUCAGACUGAAGCAGGACGAUCUUAUUAUCGAAAGCUACAGAAGGAUGGCAUUAUAUAUCGUCUAGGUGAUGAUAUUACUGUGAAUGAUGGGGAUUCUAGCUUCUAUGUUGGUGUUAUUACAAAGUUAUACGACAAGGCAAUCACUAAACAUUCGGGAGAGAAGUAUUAUGAAGCUAUCUGGUACAGUAGAGCAGUUGCAAAACGCAUGGAAAUUAAGCCAGAGUAUUUAUUGCCAGAUCGUCAUGUAAAUGAAGUUUACCUGUCUUGCGGGCGAGAUGAAAACCCGACGUCUAGCAUUAUAGAGCAUUGCAAUAUCUAUUCUAAAGAAGAAUUCUUCAAAAGAUUUCCUCAAGGCAUACCAUCAAAGAAGAAAGACCAUUUUGCUCGAAAUUUUUUUGUAUACAGAGGAGUCCAUUUGAAAGUCAACAAGUAUACAGAGCCCCUCAAUUGGUCCGACUAUUCCCAUAAUUUAGACAAAAUAGAAGAUUUAUUAGUUGAGAUGGAAGAAACCCUUAGACUACCAAAAAAGAAGGCUGGUUCUAGAGGCAGAGGCCGGCCAAAGAAAAGAUCGGUUUCAAAGAAUGUUGAAGGAGAUAAUGAUGAAUACGAGCUAAUAAAGGAGGUUGAAAGUUUAUCUUCCGAUGAUGCUUCCCCUGUAGUCUCCUCGUCUGAUGAAGAGUAUGGGACACCUAGAACUCCCAGACGAAAAAUCAAACGGUCAAGGAAUGCAUCAGGCAGCGCAAUGUCUACACCUAGAAGAACUGGCUACAAGCAACCUCUGCAAAUCACCCCCCUUCCAAUACGAAUGUUAUCAAUGAAAGAAUUUCAAAAUUCGCCUCAUAGAAAAGCGAGAGCUAUGCUUCAUGUGUCAGCGAUUCCAAAUACUCUUCAAUGCAGAGAUAAUGAGUUUACUACCAUCUUCACUAACUUGGAAAGUGCAAUUGAGGAAGAAACCGGUGGAUGCCUAUACAUAUCUGGAACACCAGGCACUGGAAAAACCGCUACUGUCCAUGAAGUGGUAUGGAAUUUGCAAGAAAUGGCCAGAGAAGGGCAGCUAGCAGAAUUUACGUUUUGUGAAAUAAAUGGAAUGAAGGUAACGAAUGCGAACCAAGCAUAUUCGUCUCUAUGGGAAUCCUUAACUGGUGAACGUGUGACCCCUCUUCAUGCUAUGGAAUUACUGGAUAAUCGUUUCAACCAUCCUUCACCGAAUCGAUGUUCAUGCGUUGUUUUAAUGGAUGAGUUAGAUCAACUUGUAACGAAUAACCAAAAGGUGUUAUAUAACUUUUUUAACUGGCCAUCCCUUCCGCACUCACGACUUAUUGUUAUUGCUGUAGCUAAUACGAUGGAUCUUCCUGAACGAAUUUUGUCGAAUCGCAUAUCCUCCCGUUUAGGUCUUUCAAGAGUGCCCUUUGAACCUUAUACCCAUAAUCAACUAGAAACAAUUAUAGCUUCACGUCUGGAAGAAGUUAAAGAUGAAGAGUUGUUUUCUUCUGACGCUAUUCGAUUCGCUGCAAGAAAAGUGGCUGCAGUCAGUGGAGAUGCUCGUCGAGCUUUGGAUAUUUGCCGGAGAUCUUCUGAAUUAGCAGAAAGCAAGGACGGAAAGGUUACUCCUAUCUUAAUUCAUCAAGCUAUAACGGAAAUGACAGCUUCUCCACUUCAGCGUGUCUUGCGAGAUUUAUCUUUCAUGCAGAAGGUGUUCUUAUGCGCUAUCGUCAAUCGUAUGCGUCGUUCUGGAUUCGCCGAAUCCUAUGUCUACGAAGUAGUUGACGAAGUGGACCGUUUGAUAAAAUCUAUGACCACUAUAGAUGCAACUGAGCUUGGCCAAAUUUUACAACGUCGUCCAGAGUUUCAUUAUAUUCUUAGUAGUCUGAGUGAAACUGGUGUUCUGUACCUUGAGAAUAAAAGCAGUAGAAACGCUCGUGUUCGCCUUGCCAUAGCUGAUGAUGAGAUAAAACUUGCUUUCCGCGGAGACACUGAACUUAGAGGUAUAGCAUAAGAUUCCAUGCAUACUUUUAUUUGUAUAUUAGAGAGAGAGGUUUAAGGUAUUUACAUGAAGUAUAUGAAUGAAUCAGAAAAAUGACUGUUUGUACAUAACUGAUACUGAGCUAGAAUAGGAAGCUUACGAUUAACAUGGUAUAAUAGUUUUAAUCUAAAGUGAAAGAAUCCUUUGAAUAUAAAC